CUCUGCCCCCUGUGUCUCUGUCCGUGUCUCUGUCUCUCUGUCUCACUCAACUGCUGCUACCCUGCACAUUUCUGAAUUCUAGAGAGAGAGCGAGUCAUGGAAGAAGCGACUUCAACCAAGAGUCAGCCGUUGCCGGUGACGGACUCGCCGGUGGCCAAAGAAAGCCACCGGAGUGGCAAGGGCAUGACGAAAAGAGGUGUUUACGCUGCCAUCUCCUACAUGGUUUCCGCAAUUCUCUUGAUAUUGUUCAACAAGGCAGUUCUUUCUUCUUAUAAUUUUCCAUAUGCAAAUGUCAUCACUCUUUUUCAGACGAUAUCUUCCUGUUUAUUUCUCUAUGUAAUGAGACGCUGGAAGAUAAUUUCUUUCUCAGCUGGUCAACCAGAGAGCAUCACUGAUGACUCAGCAACACAUGUACCAAUUAAGACAUUGGUUCACACCCUUCCUCUAGCAUCAUCAUAUUUGCUCUACAUGCUGAUCACAAUGGAAUCUGUACGCGCCUUAAAUGUACCUAUGUACACCACACUAAGACGAACAACUGUGGCUUUUACAAUGGUUGUUGAGUAUUUCCUGACAGGGCAGAAACAUUCACUUGCUGUGCUUAGCAGUGUUGGGAUAAUCAUACUUGGUGCAUUUAUUGCUGGAGCUCGGGACCUGUCAUUUGACUCCUAUGGCUAUGCUAUUGUUUUUGUGGCAAACAUUUGUACAGCUGUAUAUCUUGCUUCUAUAUCUCGUAUUGGAAAAUCCAGUGGCCUCAGUAGCUUUGGCCUUAUGUGGAGCAAUGGAAUAAUAUGUGGGCCAGCCUUACUGUUAUGGACAGCUAUGAAUGGUGACCUGGAAGCUAUGAUGAACUUCCCCCAUUUGUUCUCCCCUGGCUUUCAGGCCAUGAUGCUUCUUUCAUGUAUUAUGGCUUUCUUCUUGAAUUACUUCGUAUUUCUCAAUACAACUCUCAAUUCGGCACUCACACAGACAAUUUGUGGCAAUCUGAAGGAUCUUUUUACGAUUGGGCUUGGCUGGCUGAUAUUUGGUGGACUUCCAUUUGAUUUGUUAAAUGUUGCUGGCCAAUCUAUUGGUUUUCUGGGGUCCUGCCUGUAUGCAUAUUGUAAACUCAGAGGAAAGUAAUUUUGAUGCAGCUGCCCAAGAACCUCUCCUUCUUUCUUUUUUUCUUUGAGGUGAACUGCCUCUCUGAGUUUCCAAAUUUUGAUUUAAAUAAUCAGGUUCUCAUAAGCUGUGUGCCAUAUAGCCUUAAUUAAUAGAAAAUAUUUCAUCUCCAAUAGUGUUCUCCUUCACUUACCUGUUGCUGAUCUCUAAACUGAGAACCAGCAGGACAUAAAUUAAUGAUAUUCAAAUCCGAGAAAUUCUGAUUUCUUGGUAAUCUGGGAUUUUAAUCUUCAGUCCCAGGAACUAGCUGUCUUUUGUGCUCAAA